CCCGGCGGAAUUGCAUCAACCCGCGAGUGCGGAAGCUAACAAUAGCGAGCCUCGCGAGUUCCGACCCCAGACACCACCGGCUCGGCCACAGGCAUGGAUAUGGAACACAUGAGUGUUCAGGUGGCGGCAGCGGACACGGCCGCCGAGGUUGCCGCUGAUGCUGCUGCCGCCGACCCGGCCAACAGACCUCCCAAGAAGACGAGCCAGACCUGCUCGACCUGCCGCCUGCGCAAGGUGCGGUGCGAUGGCCGCCGGGACAUCUGCCAGAACUGUGAACGACUCGGCUUCACCUGCUCCUUCCAGGACGCAGGCUCACCGCACGCCGACAGCGACAGCGUGACCGCCUUGAGUCUCCCGCGACGACGUGUACGGCUGGCCUGUACCAAUUGCCAUUCGAGAAAGGCCAGAUGCACCGGUGAGACCCCCAAGUGUGCUCGCUGUCAUGCUCAGGGCAUCGAGUGUAUUUAUCGUCCGACGAAGCGGUCCGCUGGUAUCAGCAGCACUGCUGUCGGCAACCAACAUGGUACCACAGAUUCAGAGCAUGAAUCUGUCGGAUCUGAGCCUCCAGAGAAACGAUCCAUGACACACCGUGACCAUCAUGGCUCGCAUCACGGUCGUAAUGGUAGCUCAGAUCAUCCGAAUUUUGAUAUCACUGGGGGCCAAUUGUCCAAGAGACUCGGUCACGACCCACUCAUAUAUCCGGACGAAGGUCUGAUCCAGCGCACCUUCAGUAACUAUUUCCGUCAUGUGCACCAUGUUCCCGUAUUUUCAUUCCUUCACCGUGCGUCACUCAUGCAACGCUAUCAUGCUGGCAUGAUGGAUAGAGCUCUUCUGCUGGCUCUCGUGGGUGUUACCUCGUUACUUACUGAUCUAGGUCCCGGAAUGCGGGAGUACGGCGCCAGAUGCAUUGAUGAAUGCCAGAGCAUGGUCUUACAAGACCUUGAAAAUCCUUCCACAAUCAAAAUACAAGCCCUUGUUCUCGUAAUGAAGCAUCGCAUACUCUCACGGAGGUUUACCAGUGCCUUCAUGCUAUCUGCCACAGCCGCGCGUUUUGCUUACGCGCUUCGACUGAACUAUGAAAACCCGAGCCUGUGCUUCUUAGCCCGGGAAUCGCGACGCAGAUUAAUGUGGGCAUUUUUAACCAUCGACUCGGGAGUGAAUGGCGGACAACCAGAUUUUACCCUAGUCUCCCCUGAAUCCUUGCAUAUUCAACUACCAUGUAAUGAACGCAAUUUCGAAUUUGAUCUCCCACAAGUUACCGGGCACCUCAGACCGCGUCCUUCACAGCCUUUCCCUGAUGAUGUGGGCUCCUUGGCUCUACAUGUACGACUCUUAUGGAUGAGGAGCAGAGUGUCAUAUUGCGCCAAGAACGUUUUGAACAUGCCGGAAUCUGAAGUUACCCAGCUGCCGCAAGUGAUUAAAGUCCUCUCCCAGGAGUUGGACACCUUCAACGACCAUUUACCUGCAUCAUUCAAAUUUUCCGAGAGUAACCUUCAAUUACGCGCGUACUCUCCACGUCUAUGUGUAUAUAUCAUGAUUCAUGUUUGGUGGCGCCAGUGUCACUGUGACCUCUACCGUAUUGUACUGAGUGGCCUGAAGGAGGCACUUCCGAAAUCGAGUGUCAAUCGCCUCGAGCCUCAAUUUGUGUCCUAUUGCACACGCCAGUGUUUCGAGCACGCGAUUGCCAUGGUCGAGAUUUUCAGAUUUGUCCUCGCUCUGGACGGUGGACUGCCCGUCACCGAUCUUGAUCUUCCUGUCUGCGCUUACCAAUGCGCUCGGAUGCUUUACUAUGCCUAUCAGACGAACAAGGGUGAAUUAAGAUUGACUGCCGAUCAAGUAGUAGAGCACGCCAAUACAUGCUUACAAAUCGCCCGGUCGAUGAAUCAUGUUUCUGCAGGAGCUGCAAUUGUUGCUGACCUGGAGAAACUCAUCUCACGUGGUCUAACGUCAAGUGCUGACCCGGGCUCACCAGAACACCAUGAGGCUGUGGGCGCUGUUGCGGUAUCGCAGCCCCCAGUGUCACGUCAAGUCCUCGGCCACAAUCAGCAUAUACAUCUCCUGGAUGAGGAGACGCCCAUGGUUCCAGUUCCCUCGCCUUCUGCCAACUUGUCAUCACCUGGUGUGAAUAUAGGUAAUGGUACGAUACCAACACCAAUGUCCGCUGCUACAACUCCCGGUCCGCUACAGCACCGCCGCGAUACAUCCUUCUCAGAUCUCAGUGUGACCGAUCCUAAUAUGGCUCGACCAAAUCUUCCGCCCGUUGUUCCUCCAGAUGGCUUAGAUAACAACAAUGCUUUCGAAGGCGCUAUGGACGGCUUUGAUUUUGCUCUCGAGUCUUACGGCAAUACAGGUGUGGAGUCCGCUUCGUGGUUCUCACAGGAGUGGUCGACCAUGGACUUUCCAUCGAUGCCUGUGUAAUGAUGACUUAUCUACUGAUAUACCCUAACCCCAACAUGCCUUGGGGCCAGUACGGUAAGGGCAUAACUCUGUUCUUCGAAAAAUACCCUUCAUAAGGUCACAUUACACGACAUCAAAUUGUCGCUGGCUAAGCCGACCAUCAACAGACCAGAAGGUCGUAUGGCUUCUUCACACGAAGGCGGAAUACAAGAUUAUCAUAAUGAUAGGAUUGAAGCAUCUUGUAUGCCACAUUUGAAGC